AUGGCCGAAGAAACCAAGAAACUCACCACCAUGUCUCUGUCCCAGCCCAUUUCGGAAGCUACGGAUUCAUCCCCUGACUCGUCCUCGCGUGCAACUGCCUCUCCCGGUCCUGAUAUUCGUUCAACCACCAACAAGAUUCACCAUGCUGAUCCAAUCCAAUUCCAAGCUGAGGAGCUCUGGAUCAACUACAAGCUGAAGGAGUUGAAGUCAAUUGGAUGUUGCCUCCUGGAGCAUGCGAACCGCAAGAAGAAGAUUGUGGACUUUCUUCGCAGGGCUGAAGGCAUUGGUAACCUCUCAGAGAUUACUUGGCAAGAUCUCCUUGGCACGAUGCUCAUCAAGUAUGGAUUGAAUGGCCACCGCCUCUUCUUGAACCCUGAUGAAGAGGCUUAUCCUGACCACGAAGACUUGAUGAAUUUCAAGAUCCUGAAGCUCGCUAUGCCCCAUCCCAAUCGAGAUCCUGAGAUGUUCUCUGAGGUGUGCAAGGCGUUUGACUAUGAUGAAGACACCUAUCGCGUUGUUUAUGACAAGCACUUGGCCACUUUCAAUAUUGUCACUGAGAUUGAAAACCCACUUGGUCUGCCUUACAGCUCUGACGAGGAGGAAGAACACACUCCUGCCGCGGCGAUGGAAGAACUCCAGCGAAAGCUCAAGUCCGAUUUCGAUGAUACCGAAAGCAACGAGGAAGAUGAAGACGAUGAUGAGGACAUCGACAGUCCCUCUCCAGCCAAGAAGUCUCCAGUGAAGAAAUCUCCAGUGAAGAAGCGCAAUAGCUAUGACUUUCUUGCUCAGGUUGACAACUUCAACUGUGAUUCUUCUUUCGACAGCAGGGCUUUGGCGCAGCAGUUAGUCGAAAGUCCUCUUGUUAAGAAGAAGAAGACGAAGAAGACGAAGUGUUCUUCUCCCGAUUAUUGA